AAAAGUAAGUUUAUUUGGAGAAAGAAAUGAAAAUUGCACUGAGUUUCUUAUUUCUAACUUCAACUUUUUCAAAUGCUGGAAAAAUUGGCCGUCUUCAAUCAGUUGCGGUGAGCGGACAAUUAAACUGCCUUGGUAAACCGGCAGUGGGAGUACGUAUCGACUUGAUGGAGUCAGACAAUAAUGGUGAAGAGACGGGAAUUAUUGAUGACAAUGAUUUUAUGGGAUAUACCUAUACUGACUCGGCUGGAUUCUUUAAUAUGAGUGGUUCAGAAGUUGAGAUUUCUGGUAUUGAACCAUAUGUGAACAUUUUUCAUAAAUGCAAUGAUGGAUUGUCGCCUUGCCAACGUCAACUCCGUGUCGACAUUCCAAAAUCAGCUACAGCUUCGGGACCUGCACCAAAUGAAACAUUCUCUAUUGGAACAUUGGAGUUAUCUUCUCGAAAAGUAAUUGGAGAACGUCGUAGCUGUGCAUAUCGAAACCUGACACAGACCUCUUAACCUUUUAACAAGUGAUAAUGAACAUUUUUGUUAGUU